ACCAGCAGUCCCUGCUUCCCAUACGUGGGUGAGCUCCAGCAAAGCUGGGAUUGCAUCUCUGUUGACACCUCCGCACAGUCAACAUGCAGCAGCGAGAGAGAAACAUGCAGACACAGUGACUGGGAUGAAGACGGCAGUGGUUGCGAGAAAGAGAGACCUCCAGACAUGGGCGAGAGAGUGAAAGGGAGCUAUUUGAAGAGGUAGAAGUCGUCAAGUGUUAUCAUUAAUUAUUUUUUGGAGUGUGGUCAGCGGGACACAAUCGAACAAAGCAACUUGAAGGACGUUUUCAAAUGCAACAUGGAAACUGCGGUUCCUGCAAACCUGAGGAUUUGAAAUGGGAUUAUUCAUUAGAAUCAGUUUAAUUCUCCAAACGAUGGCACGAAGAAUAUGACAAUCCAUUAUCAGUAAUUAAGAUUUGAAGCUGCGAUGCCCUCAGAGAUGGCUGUCAACAGUUUCUCCAUCUUCCUCCUGCUACUGAUGGGUUCUUGCACAUCCCAUCCAUCACCUCCUCCUCCUCCACUGGGAUGUAGUGAGCAUGUGGAGCCCUCUUACAGAGUGCUGUGUGACCUGGAGUCGGUGUGGGGCGUCGUUUUGGAGGCUGUGGCUUGUAGCGGGGGCCUCACCUCUCUAAUCCUCGCCGCGCUCCUUCUCGUCAAGCUUCGCUCUAUUUCAGACCCGGCCAGGCGCUCUGGAGUGGGACCCCUUCUCCUGCUCCUGGGUACACUCCUUGGGAUAUUCCCCAUCUCUCUAGCAUUCCUUGUGGGAAAGAACCAGGUCCUAUGUGUGAUUCGCAGAGCCUUCUGGGGCCCCCUCUUCGCCCUUUGCUUCUCAAGCUUGCUCGUCCAGGGCCUGAGGCUCAGGAGGCUGGUGGCUGGGAAGACGAGCCCCUCAGGAAGCACGCUGGCUGCACUGGGCUUGGCGUUGGCCUUGGUUCAGGGCAUUAUUUCUGCCGAAUGGGUCCUUCUCACCGUCGUCAGGGAGGGUCACCCAGCCUGCGAGUAUCCACCUUUGGACUUUGCUCUGGCAUGCAGCUACACUUUAGGGCUGCUCCUCAUAGCCAUGGGGCUCUCUCUCGGGGUAGUGCUGUGUGGGGGCGAACUGGUGGUAGAGGCAGCUCGUGAAAGUGCCGAGGAUCGAGAAGAUGAGAGUGACAAAAGGAGAUGGAAAUGUAAUGCGGUGUGGCUCUUCCUGGCAAGUCUGGCUUCGGCCUUGCUUUGGGUGGCAUGGCUUGGCUUUUAUCUCUAUGGGAGCCAAGCAAUGAGGCUCAGAGGGAAAGUAGGGAGGUCAGGAGGAGGAGCGGGAAAGGUGGAGGACCGUCUGCUGGACGAGCCCGCUCUGGCCGUGGCCCUGGUUGUGCAGGGCUGGAUCCUUCUGCUGUUCCACGGCAUUCCUGAGAGCCACCUGUGUCUCUGGAACCGUUCACAAUGCGCCAGGCAAGAUUUCUUUGACACCAGUGAGACAACGCCUCCUCCACAUUUCAGAGAUGAGCUCCAAGCACACUCUCAGCAACCCUUCCAGGAAAACCAGGCCUUCUCUAUUGAGGAGCACGGUGCAACUCUUCGAAGUGGAAACUAUCACCAGAGCGGUCACGGCAGCGUUCGCCCUGGCAUCGCCUUCAGAGGUCACGUAUACCAACCGACUGAAAUGGCUCUUGUUAUGAAUGGCGGCACGAUGCCCACGGCCCCUAUUAACUACACUGGAAGACGACUGUGGUAAAGUGGUCAUGGGACGUGAGCUUCUGUAUCACUAUGUUGCUUAAUCCCCUGAUUCCUGACGAGGAGUAAUCAUUCCAAAAAGACAUAAGCUAUCAUCCAGGAUGGACUGACAACAGCUCAACACAUUUCAUGUUCCUGCAUAAUUGUUUGAAUUCUGCAUUUUGAAAGCCAUCGUUGAAAGGUUGUGUCACUUUCCUCAAAUAAAAGGAAUGGAAAUGACAGUGACAGUACGGAUGAGGACAUUUUGCUGGUCUCAAUACCAGUUACAGUGAUUUAAUAUUAGCGAUGCACAGAUGUUUGUAAUAUGUAAAUACGAUAACAGCAAAUGUUUCAGGUGGACCGAUAAUGCGUGGGGUUGAGGAUUAUACAAACCUUCAGGAUAUGAAUUUACAGAAUAUCCUACAAAAGCUUGCUAUGUCUUGUAUUUUUCCUGCCAUUUGGCUAGUCCAUUAGAGUGCUACAGUACAGCGCUUGUUCGUAUUGCCCGUAAUCUUGCACAAAAAGAAAGUCUGUGGGCAACCUAAAAAGCCAUUUACCAAUGCACUCAACAGUGAAAUCAUUAGGUACACUGGUGCACCUUUUACAUGCAUCAUCUAUUCAGGACCCAAACAAGAGCUGAGUUUUGAUUCUCAUAUACAUUACCCGAGAUGUUAUAAACACAAUUUAGUGCGAUGCAGUUUAAUUUUACAAUAAAACCAAAACAAUAUGCAUAUUGUGAAAUGAACAUGAAGGAAUGAGCAUUCAAGCUCUUGCAAUGGAUCUCAUUAGUGGUAAGGUCAUGGCACCCGAAUGAGCCGUCAAAGGUUAUCAAUUGUCCAAGUUUACUUUGUUUGGCUGAAAAUGAUGAUUCAUUAAUGCUUUCAUAUUUUUGGUCCUUUAACACAACAACAAAGAUAUGAAUUACAAACAGAAUAUUUGAGUGUUUUACAACAUUUUGACCUUUAGUGUUUUACUUUACAAUGGAGAGGAAUUUCCAAACAUAAAAUUAGGCAAAAAAAUGAAUUAACUGAUGAUCUUAAAUACUCUUACUGGCAGAAAUGUAAUUGGAAUUUAGACCUUAACCCAAAUAUGGACUGCGUGUGAGAGUCUUAUUGAAAUUGCUGGCAGUGAUUGUCCACGGUAACGUAACAACUGGACAACCAGUGGUCAUUGUCUCAGGAGUUUAAUGGGUUGAAUGAUCACAACGUUAUUGAGCGGAAGGUCGGCGCAAUUUUCAGCGACUCCAUAUGCAUCAUUGGCUCAUAUUUUGAGAAAUCAAGAGUAUCGGUAAACUUCUGACAGUUUCACAAUUGGUAAAUCAAUUGGUGAAUAAAGUGCAAGUGUACCUAAUGAUGUAACCAAUGAGUGUAAAUAUAUGUGAUACAGUACAAGGUUUAAGAUAUCUUGGAAGCUGUAUUUUGCACUUUAUGAGAGUUAAUAUGAUCUUUGUGUGGUAAUAUUUGGGAAUAGGUCAACUAUUUUGAUAUUUUGUCAAUAUGAUUUUAUUUUGUUUUUUUUCUAAGAUUUUGAUGUCAAUAUUCAAUAAAUGAAUAAAACAAACACCGUAUGGCCAGGUGUCAAAAGAUCCUAUCAAUAAUGUAGACGAGAGGUUAUUAAAUCAUCUGUUUGUCAUCUG